AUGAAUCCUCUGCUACACGACACCAUCCUCGACCUCGAGGACCAAACCUGGACUGCAUUGAUGGACUCAGGGGCUGCACUACUCCCAUUCCUCAGUCAAGACUGCGUCAUGUUCUUCCCAUUGGGACUCAAAGUGUCGUUGAGAUCAUCACCCAACAUCCACGAAGUUUUGAAAAGCGAAGCAUUCGUGCCAUGGAGACGCUACCGGCUGUACGACGUCGAAGUGAUGGCACUGGGACCCGAGUCGGCUCUGAUCAGCUAUCGAGUAACAGCGACGAGGCAACAUAUCACGCAUGAUGAGGAUGAGCGACAAGAUGAAUUCCGGGCAUUGAUUUCCAGUACGUGGAAAAAGGAUCCAGAAGCUGGGAGAUGGUUGAUGUAUUUCCACCAGCAGACGCCUUAUGAGCAGGAAUUGGCUGAA